UCACUGAGAAAAGGGCUCAUGUUCUCCCCCUGCCUCUACCCAGUGCCACCAGCCUGGAAACUCCAUUCCUUCUUUCUGUUCGGUGGUCCAGGCUUCACAAGUGCUUAGUGGGAGAGGGGGCAGGAAAGGGGCAGAGGAAGAGACUCAUAAAGUUCGAAUUCUAGGGCUGGAAGACCAUACCAGUCAUUUGGCACAGUAACUCUUAACCAUUCUGUGGGGUCAUAGCUCCUCUCGAUCAUUUAAUUACAGCUAAGGCGCUAUCCUUAGAAAAACGUCCACAUACACAAUCUCAAAGUGGAGCCCCUGAGUCCCACCCAAGCAUCCCUGGGAAGCCCCUGAAUUUUUUACUCGCAGGGAAAUUAUGGCUCAGAGAGAGAGGGUGGCUGUUUGGAGUCCGAGUUACUUUGUGGGACAGCCUGAGGGUGGAAAAAUAUCAGAGGCUCAAGCUCCCCCCACUGAGCUCUUUCACACACACACACACACACACACACACACACACACACACACACACGCGGGCAGGAAGGGGACUGUUUCCAGGGAGAGCUGGCCUCUGAGGGGAUUGUGCAAUGUGCAGACAGGUCCAAUCUGGUUCCGAGCAGCUGGUGCCCCCAGGGCAUGGAGCUAAGAUAAAGCUUCCCGGCCCCACGGGCCUGGCUGUCACUGUCUGGGCUGCCUUGGACACAGUGACACCCGGCUGAAAGAGACCGUGGCGUGGGGCAGGGGGGGGGACGGCCAGCACCGGCCUUUCUGCUCACCGGCCACAGCAUUACCUUCCUCAAGCCCAAGGCUCUUAGUGCCCCCGAGGUGACGUGGGGGGUGGCAUUAUGCUGCUCCCUGCCUUCCUCUUUGGGAUGGCAUGGGCAUUGGCUAACGGGCGGUGGUGUGAGCGAACGGAGACCUUCCUGGUGGACGAGGAAGUGACCCCCCGUCAGGAGGACCUGGUGCCCUGUACCAGCCUCUACCACUACCAGCGCCUGGGCUGGCAACUCGACCUGUCCUGGAGUGGACGUGCAGGGCUCUGCCCCAUCUACAAGCCCCCAGAAACCCGGCCUGCUGCGAGGAACCGGACAGUGCGGGCUUGCUGCCCAGGCUGGGGGGGCCCCCACUGCACUCUGGCCCUUGCAGGAGCCAGCCCUGGGGGCCACUGCUUUGCCAAUUGGCGGUGCCAGCUGCAGGCAGGCUCAGCUAAUGCUUCUGCGGGAAGCCUAGAGGAGUGCUGCGCUUGGCCUUGGGGACACAGCUGGUGGGAUGGCAACUCCCAGGCCUGCCUCAGCUGCUCUGGCCAACACCUCCCAGGCAGCCCUCCCUCUCCAGCCUCCCUGCAGCCCCUGGCAGGGGCUGUGGCCCAGUUCUGGAGUCGGCGCCAGCAGCCCGCGGCCACCUGCACCACCUGGUCAGGCUUCAGCUACCGAACCUUUGAUGGGCACCACUACCACUUCCUAGGCCGCUGCACUUACCUGCUGGCGGGUGCUGCGGAUUCCACCUGGGCCGUCCACCUCACGCCCAGGGGGCAUUGCCCCCCACCUGGGCACUGUCAGCUGGCCCGGGUAAUGAUGGGACCCGAGGAGGUGCUGAUCCAGGGUGAAAAUGUCUCUGUGAAUGGGCAGCUGAUACCCAAUGGGGAGUCGCGGCUGCUCCAUGGGCUGAGCCUACAGUGGCAAGGGGACUGGCUCGUGCUGUCAGGGGGCCUGGGGGUUGUCGUGCGGCUGGACAGGUCCAGUUCAGUUUCCAUUUCUGUGGACCACGAGCUCCAGGGACAAACUCAAGGUCUCUGUGGGGUCUACAAUGGCUGGCCUGAGGAUGACUUCCUGGAGCCAGGAGGGAGGCUGGCUGUGUUAGCUGCCACCUUUGGGAAUUCCUGGAGGCUCCCUGACUCAGAGCCUGGGUGUCUGGAUGCAGUGGAAGUGGCCCAGGGCUGUGAGGACCCCCUGAGAGGCACAGAGGCAGUCAUGGAGGCUGGCCAGCUGGAGGCGGAGGCCCAGGAUGUGUGCCACCAGCUGCUCGACAGUCCCUUCAGGGACUGCCAUGCUCAGGUCCCCCCUGCUGAGUACCACCAGGCCUGCCUCUUUGCCUACUGUUUUGGGGCCCCGGCAGGCAGUGGGCCUGAGGGCCAACGGGAGGCCGUGUGCACCACUUUGGCCAACUAUGCCCAAGAGUGUGCCAAGCAGCAUAUCCACGUGGGCUGGAGGAAGCCAGGCUUCUGCGAGCGCCUGUGCCCUGGGGGUCAGCUGUACUCUGACUGCGCCUCCGCCUGCCCGCCCAGCUGCUCGGCAGUGGGCGAGGGAGGGGAGGGGUCCUGCCAGGAAGCGUGCGUGAGCGGCUGCGAGUGCCCGCCGGGCCUCUUCUGGGAUGGCGCGCUCUGCGUCCCUGCGGCCCGCUGCCCCUGCUACCACCGGCGCCAGCGCUACGCCCCUGGGGACACAGUGCGCCAGCUCUGCAACCCAUGCGUGUGCCAGGACGGCCGCUGGCUGUGCGCGCAGGCGCCGUGCCCAGCCGAGUGCGCGGUGGGCGGGGACGGGCAUUACGUCACAUUCGAUGGGCGGAGCUUCUCCUUCCGCGGCCGCCCAGGUUGCAGCUCCAUCCUGGUGCAGGACUUCUCUAAGGAGCAGCUGCUGAUUGUGCUGGAGCAUGGGGCCUGUGACGCUGGGAGCUGCCUCCGCGCCAUCUCUGUUUCGCUCGGGGACACCCACGUGCAGCUCAGAGACUCAGGGGCCGUACUGAUGGAUGGGCAGGAUGUGGGCUUGCCGUGGAACGGGCCUAAGGGCCUCAGGGCCUCCCGAGCCUCCUCCACCUUCCUGCUGCUGCGCUGGCCUGGGGCCCAGGUCCUCUGGGGAGUGUCUGACCCUGCAGCUUACAUCACUCUGGACCCUCGCCACGCCCACCAGGUGCAGGGUCUCUGCGGCACCUUUACGUGGAACCAGCAGGAUGACUUCCUGACACCUACUGGCGAUGUGGAGACCAGCAUUGCAGCCUUUGCUAGCAAGUUCCAGGUGGCAAGCGAGGGAGGGUGCCCCUCGGAAGACAGCACCCCACUUUCUCCCUGCAGCACCCACACUCAGCGCCAUGGUUUUGCCGAGGCAGCUUGUGCCAUCCUGCAUGGCCCAACUUUCCAGGAGUGCCACGGGCUGGUGGACAGGGAGCCGUUCCGCCUGCGCUGCUUGGCAGCUGUGUGUGGCUGCGCUCCCGGCAAGGACUGCCUGUGUCCUGUGCUUGCCGCCUUUGCUCGUCGCUGUGCCCGGGAGGGUGUCCUGUCUCUCUGGAGGACCCAGACCCUGUGCCCUGUCCUGUGUCCUGGGGGCCAGGAGUACCAGGAGUGUGCUCCGGCGUGUGGUCAAAACUGUGGGGAGCCAGAAGACUGUGGGGAGCUGGGCAGCUGUGUGGCUGGCUGUAACUGCCCCCCAGGGCUGCUAUGGGACCCUGAGGGCGAGUGCGUGCCCCCCAACUUGUGCUCCUGCCAGCUCGGAACUCAACGCUAUGCCCCUGGCAGUGCCACCACAAAGGACUGCAACCACUGUGUCUGCCAGGAGAGGGGCCUCUGGAACUGCACUGCUCGCCGCUGCGGCCCCCAGCAGACAUUCUGCCCCCGGGAGCUUGUCUAUGUCCCUGGCGCCUGCCUCCUCACCUGUGACAGCCCUCUCGCCAACCAUUCCUGCCCCCCAGACAGCAGGGGGAGCUGUGUCUGUCCCCCAGGCACUGUGCUGCUGAACGAGCGCUGUGUGCCUCCUGAGCUCUGUCCCUGCCGUCAUGGUGGCCAGUGGUACCCACCCAACGCCACCAUCCAGGAGGAUUGCAACAUCUGUGUGUGCCAGGGGCGGCAGUGGCACUGCACCAGCCGCCAGUGCAGUGGAUGGUGCCAGGCAUCGGGGGCCCCCCACUAUGUGACAUUCGAUGGGCUGGCUUUCACCUUCCCUGGAGCCUGUGAAUAUCUGCUGGUGCGGGAGGCCAGCGGCCAGUUCAUAGUCUCUGCCCAGAACCUGCCCUGUGGGGCCAGUGGCCUCACCUGCACCAAGGCGCUGACCGUGCAGCUACAGAGCACCGUUGUGCACAUGCUCAGAGGCCGGGCAGUGACAGUGAAUGGGGUGAGCAUAACGCUCCCCAAGGUCUACACGGGCCCUGGGCUGAGCCUGCGUCGUGCUGGUCUCUUCCUGCUGCUCACAACCCGUCUGGGCUUCAGCCUGUUCUGGGAUGGAGGCACCCGCGUCCUGGUGCAGCUGUCCCCGCACUUCCGGGGCCGCAUAUCUGGUCUGUGUGGGGACUUUGAUGGAGAUGCCAGUAAUGACCUGCGGAGCCGCCAGGGGGUCCUGGAGCCCACGGCUGAGCUGGCUGCCCACUCCUGGCACCUGAACCCGCUCUGCCCUGAGCCCGGAGACCUGCCACACCCCUGCACCGUGAACGCCCACCGGGCUGGCUGGGCGCGCGCCCGCUGUGAGGUGCUACUGCAGUCGCUCUUUGCCCGGUGCCACGCGGCGGUGCCCCCACAGCAGCACUACGAGUGGUGUGUGCACGACGCGUGCGGCUGCGAUUCGGGGGGUGACUGUGAGUGUCUCUGCUCGGCCAUUGCCACCUAUGCGGACGAGUGUGCCCGGCGUGGGCUCUAUGUGCGCUGGCGCAGCCAGGAACUCUGCCCUCUGCAGUGUGAAGGGGGCCAGGUGUAUGAGGCCUGUGGCCCCAUAUGUCCCCCCACCUGCCAUGACCAUGGUCCUGAGCCCGGGUGGCACUGCCAGGCCGUCGCCUGUGUGGAGGGCUGCUUCUGCCCUGAGGGGACUCUGCUCCAUGGAGGAGUCUGCUUAGAGCCAGCUUCCUGCCCCUGUGAGUCAGGGGGCAGCUUCUUCCCGCCGGGGACGGUGGUCCAGAAGGACUGUGGGAACUGCACAUGCCAGGAAAGUCAGUGGCUUUGUGGGAGCGGCAGGACCCGCUGUGAGGAGCUGGUGCCCGGCUGUGUAGAUGGAGAGGUCCUGUGCCAGGAUGGUGGGCACUGUGUGCCCCACGAGUGGCUUUGUGACAACCAGGAUGAUUGUGGCGAUGGCUCAGACGAGGAGGGCUGUGCCACCCCAGGCUGUGGGGAGGGGCAGGUGUCCUGCAGCUCGGGCCGCUGCCUGCCCCUGGCCCUGCUCUGUGACGGGCGGGACGACUGUGGCGAUGGGACGGAUGAGCAGGGCUGCCCGUGCCCCCACGACUGGCUGGCCUGCGCUGAUGGGCACUGCCUGCCCCCCGGCCUGCUCUGUGAUGGACGUUCCGACUGUCCCGAUGCUGCCGAUGAGGAGGCCUGUCUGGGGCAGCUGAGCUGCACUCCUGGGGAGGUGUCCUGCGUAGACGGCACCUGCGUGGGGGCCGUCCUGCUGUGUGACGGAGUCUGGGACUGCCCAAAUGGAGCCGACGAGGGACCUGGGCACUGCCCCUUCCCUUCGCUGCCCGCUCCCCCGGCCGGCACUUUGCUCGCCCCCUCCACUGGCUCCGGGGAGACCGCACCAACUCCCCUGGCCAGCGGCAGCCCUGGUGAGUGUGAGGACUGCGCCGACGGCAGCGACGAGCGCGGCUGCGGCUGGCCCUGUGUGUCCCCCGCGCAGCUGUGCGACGGCGUGCCGCACUGCCCCGACGGCUCGGACGAGAGCCCCGACGCCUGCGAGGGGAUGACAGCCCCAGGAGGCCCCAACGGGACAAGGGUUCCCUGCCCCGAAUACUCCUGCCCUGAUGGCCUGUGCAUCAGUUUCCAGCUGGUGUGCGACGGGCAGCCUGACUGUGAAUUGGCAGAGAAGGCAGGGCCUUCCCCGGAAGAGCAGGGCUGUGGGGCCUGGAGCCCCUGGAACUCGUGGGGGCCAUGCAGCAGGACGUGUGGGCCUGGGGUGCAGACCCGGAGCCGCCGCUGCUCCCCACCUAGUCUCCCGGUGCUGCAGCACUGCCCAGGCCCUGAGCGCCAGACUCAGGCCUGCUUCACGGCCGCCUGCCCAGUGGAUGGUGAAUGGACCACUUGGUCUCCCUGGUCCUCGUGCUCCGAGCCAUGCAUGGGCACCAUGACCCGGCAGCGGCAGUGUCACCCACCCCAGAAUGGGGGCCGGACCUGUGCCAUGCUGCCCGGGGUCUCUCCCACCACCCUCCAGACCCGGCCCUGCCCUCAGGACGGCUGCCCCAAUGCCACUUGCUCCGGGCAGCUGGUGUUCUGGCCGUGCGCCCCCUGUCCUCUGACCUGCGACGAGAUCUCUGGUCAGGCUGAGUGCUCAGCUGACCAGCCCUGCAGUGGCCCAGGCUGCUGGUGCCCUGCGGGACAGGUGCUGGGCAGUGAGGGGCGGUGCGUGUGGCCCCGGCAGUGCCUCUGCCUGGUGGAUGGCGCCCGCUACUGGCCUGGGCAGCGCAUCAAGGCCGACUGUCAGCUGUGCGUCUGCCGGGAUGGGCGGCCCCAACGCUGUGGGCCCGAUCCAGAUUGUGCUGUGAACUGUGGCUGGUCAUCCUGGUCCCCCUGGGCUGAGUGCCUGGGCCCCUGCGGGAGCCAGAGCAUUCAGUGGUCCUUCCGGAGCCCCAACAACCCCCGCCUCUCGGGCCGAGGUCGCCAGUGCGGGGGCAUCCACCGCAAGGCCCGCAGGUGCCAGACGGAGCCGUGUGAGGGCUGUGCGCAGCGGGGCCACAUCCGCGGUGUGGGCCAGCGCUGGCGAGAGGGCCCCUGCGCCGUGUGCCAGUGUCUGCACAACAGCACCGUGCGCUGCUCCCCCUACUGCCCGCUGGGCAGCUGCCCACAGGACCAGGUCCUGGUGGAGGGAACAGGAGACUCGUGCUGCCGCUGUGCCCUGCUCGGUGGCGAGAACCAGACGAGCCUCCCCAUGGCCACUCCCGCCCCUUCAGCAGCCCUCGGUUCCCAGAUCGGACCCCCUCUGGUCACCUAUGUCCUGCCUCCGCCAGGAGACCCCUGCUAUGCUCCGCUGGGCCUGGCCCGACUCACCAAGGGAAACCCGCUGCUGGAGCUCCCCACCCAGGCCGCCCUCCUGGGGGCUCCCACCAGGGGGCCCGGCCACCGGGGCCAGAGCACCCUAGGGAACACUCACACCCAGCCCCCCUACCUGCAGCUGAACCUGCUGCUGCCCCGGAACCUCACUGGCAUCAUAGUGCAGGGGCCUGGGUCCUCAGCCUUGCUGGAGUUCAGCACUGAUGGUCUACACUGGCACAACUAUAGUGACAUCCUGCCUGGCACCCUGCCCCCAGCCAAGCUUUUCCCUAAGAACCUGGAUGACGCGGCCCCCACAGUGUGGACAUUUGGCCAGAUGGUGCAGGUGCAGCAUGUCCGGGUGUGGCCCCGGGUGUCCCACAGUGGCACCACCCACAGCACCUCCCCGUGGGUAGAGCUGCUGGGCUGUGAGCCAGUGUCCCCGCUGGUGGCGCCCCUGUGUCCAGGGGCUGGGCACCACUGUGCCAAUGGUGAAUGCGCCCCAAGGGGGGGCCCAUGUGAUGGCGUGAAGGACUGUGAAGAUGGCUCCGAUGAGGAAGGCUGUGUGCCCCUAACCAUGGGCAUUGGCAGAGUCCGGUCCACAGCCGGGACCCCAGCUCUCUCCUCCACCCAGCCCAGACAGCUGCGCCCCCAGGGCCUGGCAGAGGCAGAACACUGGCAUCCCUGGCGAGGGUCACCCAUACCCCCCACAGGGAAGCGGCCAGUGACUCAGGUCCCAGCCUCUGAGGCUCCUCGCUUGAGUCCUAGGGAAUCAGUGCAGACGAUGACCACCAGCCCCACACCCCAGCCUGAGGUCGAGGCCCUGAGGCCAAGAGCGACCACCACGGCAGAGCUCCCCUCGCACCCCAUGACUCCAGUGGUCCCUGCUGGCCGGAGUGUCGCCCCGCCGCCCUUCCCGCCUGUGCAGUGCAGCCCAGGCCAGGUGCCCUGCCAGGUGCUGGGCUGCGUGGAGCAGGAGCAGCUGUGUGACGGGAGGGAGGACUGUCUGGACGGCUCAGACGAGAGGCACUGUGCGAGUGCAGUGCCCUUUCCGGUGCCCGCCACGGCCCUGCCUGGGCUGCCGGCCUCCCGAGCCCUCUGCUCCCCAAACCAGCUGAGCUGCGGAAGUGGGGAGUGCCUGCCGGCGGAGCGGCGCUGUGACCUGCGGCCCGACUGCCAGGACGGCUCUGACGAGGAUGACUGUGUGGACUGUGGGCUGGCACCCUGGUCUGGCUGGAGCAGCUGCAGCCACAGCUGUGGGCCGGGCCUCGCCUUCCAGCGCCGGGACCUGCUGCGGCCUGCCCUGCCCGGGGGCACCUGCCCACCAGACACGCUCCGCAGCCGGCCCUGCUUUGUGCAGGCCUGCCCGGUGGCUGGGGCGUGGGCUGUGUGGGAGGCCUGGGGGCCCUGCAGCGUCUCCUGUGGGGGCGGCCAUUGGAGUCGUCGGAGGAGCUGCGUGGAUCCCCCGCCCAAGAAUGGUGGUGCUCCCUGCCCUGGGGCCUCCCAGGAGCGGGCACCCUGUGGCUUGCAGCCCUGCUCGGGAGGCACAGACUGUGGGCUGGGCCGCAUUCAUAUCAGUGCUGAGCUGUGCCAGAAGGGGCUGGUGCCACCAUGCCCGCCGUCCUGCUUGGACCCUGAGGCCAACAGAACCUGCAGUGGGCACUGUCUGGAGGGAUGCCGCUGCCCCCCUGGACUCCUCCUCCAUGAUGACCGCUGCCUGCCCCUUGCUGAGUGCCCUUGCCUGGUGGGCGAAGAGCUGAAGCAGCCGGGGGUGCCCUUCCUCUUGGACAACUGCAGCCGCUGCGUGUGCGAGAAGGGGGCCCUGAUGUGCGAGCCGGGGGUCUGCCCCGUGUCCUGUGGCUGGUCAGCUUGGUCCUCCUGGGGUCCCUGUGACCGCUCCUGUGGCUCUGGACUGCGGACCAGGUUCAGAUCCCCUUCCAACCCUCCGGCUGCUUCUGGGGGUGCCCCAUGUGAAGGCGACAGGCAGGAGCAGCAGGCAUGCCACAUGGAGUGUGGGACAGAGACACUGGGCUGGACGCCCUGGGGGCCCUGGUCCUCCUGCUCCAGGAGCUGCCUUACCCUUGGAGGAGGCCCCGGGGGGCGCAGUCGUUCCCGGCUCUGCCCCAGCCCUGGGGACACACCCUGCCCAGGAGAGGCCACCCAGGAGGAGCCCUGCAGCCCCUCUGUGUGCCCAGUGCAAAGCAUCUGGGGUCUGUGGGCCCCCUGGUCCACCUGCUCAGCUCCCUGUGAUGGGGGCAUCCAGAUCCGUGGGCGCACCUGCUCUGCCUCCAUUCCCGGGGACCCCGAGUGCCAGGGACCUCACAGCCAGACCAGGGACUGCAACACGCAGCCCUGCACAGCCCAAUGCCCAGGGGACAUGGUGUUCCGCUCCGAGGAGCAGUGCCGCCAGCACGGGGACCCCUGCCCUCAGCUGUGUCUGGCUCAGGACCCUGGGGUGGAGUGUACCAGUUUCUGCACCUCUGGCUGCGCCUGCCCCCCCGGACUCUUCCUGCACAAUGCCAGCUGCUUGCCCCGCAGUCGGUGCCCCUGCCAGCUGCAGGGGAAGCUCUAUGCACCUGGAGCAGUGGCCCGGCUGGAUUCCUGCAAUAACUGCACCUGUAUCUCCGGUGGGAUGAUGUGCACCUCAGAGCCCUGCCCAGUGGCCUGUGGUUGGAGCCCCUGGACCCCCUGGAGUCUCUGCAGCCGCAGCUGCGACGUGGGCAUUCGGCGGCGCUUCCGGGCGGGCACCGCACCCCCAGCUGCCUUUGGGGGUGCUGCGUGCCAGGGCCCCGAUAUGGAGGCUGAAUUCUGCAGCCUGCGGCCGUGUCGGGGUCCCGGCGGGGAGUGGGGCCCCUGGUCUCCGUGCUCCGUGCCCUGUGGCAGUGGCUACCGGAACCGCACCCGAGGCAGUGGCCUGCACAGACUUGUGGACUUCUCCACCUGUGGUCUGCAGCCGUGUGCAGGGCCCCUGCCUGGCGUGUGUCCCGGGGGCAAGCGGUGGCUGGACUGUGCCCAGGGCCCUGCCUCCUGUGCAGAGCUCAGUGCCCUGCUAGGGACUGACCAGACCUGCCACCCUGGCUGUUACUGCCCGUCUGGGAUGUUCCUGCUGAACAACGUGUGCGUGCCCUCCCAGGACUGCCCCUGUGCCCAUGGGGGGCGCCUUUAUCCCCCGGGCAGCGUGGUGCUUCGUGCCUGUGAGAACUGCUCCUGUGUCUCUGGGCUCAUCACCAACUGCACCUCCUGGCCCUGUGAGGAGGGUCAGCCCACGUGGUCCCCCUGGACCCCAUGGAGCGAGUGCUCGGCCUCCUGUGGCCCCGCCCGGCGCCACCGACGCCGCUUCUGCACCAGGCCCCCCACGGUGGAACCACCCAUCCUGGGGCUGCCGUCCCCACCGACCUGGCCUCCACCUCUUUGCGCAGGCCCCGAGGCUGAAGAGGAGCCCUGCCUCCUGGCAGCGUGUGACCGAGCUGGGGGCUGGGGUCCUUGGGGGCCCUGGUCCAGCUGUAGCCGGAGCUGUGGGGGAGGCCUGCGGAGCCGGAUGCGAGCCUGUGACCAGCCCCCACCCCAGGGCCUGGGGGAUUACUGCGAGGGGCCUCGGGCCCAGGGAGAGACCUGCCAGGCCCUGCCAUGCCCAGUGACCAACUGCACCACCAUUCAAGGGGCUGAGUACAGCCCCUGUGGCCCUCCCUGUCCUCGCUCCUGUGACGACCUGGUGCACUGUGUGUGGCACUGCCAGCCCGGCUGUUACUGCCCUCCAGGCCAGGUGCUGAGUGCCGACGGGGCCUUCUGCGUGCAGCCCCGCCACUGCGGCUGCCUGGACCUGCUGAGCGGAGAGCGGCACCGUCCAGGCGCGCGGCUGCCGAGGCCCGACGGCUGCAACUACUGCACUUGCUCCGAGGGGAGGCUGAGCUGCACAGACCUGCCUUGCCCAGUGCCCGGUGGCUGGUGUCCAUGGUCGGAGUGGACAGCGUGCUCUGAGCCCUGCAGGGGCCAGACGAGGACCCGCUCCAGGGCCUGUGCCUGCCCCGCCCCUCAGCACGGGGGCGCCCCGUGUCCCGGGGAAGCCAGGGAGGAGGCAGGGGCCCAGCAUCAGAAGGAGACCUGCCCCAGCUCCCCCGAGUGCCCAGUGGACGGAGCCUGGAGCCCGUGGGGACCGUGGUCUCCCUGUGAUGCGUGUCUGGGGGAGUCGCAUCGGAGCCGGGCAUGUAUCUGGCCCCCCGCCCCCGAGGGAGGCAGGCCCUGCCCUGGGGGCCACAGGCAAAGUCGCCCCUGCCAGGACAAUGCCACGAAAUGCACAGAGUGUGGAGGUGGCCAGAGUCUUCUCCCCUGUGGGUGGCCCUGUCCCCGCUCCUGUCAGGACCUGUCUCCUGGGAGCACGUGCCAGCCAGGCUCCACGGGCUGCCGGCCCAGCUGUGGGUGCCCCCCUGGCCAGCUGUUCCAGGAUGGCCUCUGCGUGCCUCCUGCCCUCUGCCGUUGCCAGUACCAGCCUGCAGCCACCGGGAUGCCUGAGAACCAGAGCCGGGCAGCAGGGUCUGAGCUCAGCUCCUGGCAGACCCUGGAACCUGGAGAGACGGUGAUGGGGCCCUGUGACAACUGCACCUGUGUGGAGGGCAUCCUGCAGUGCCAGGAGGUGCCCGGCUGCCCUGGGCCCGGGACGUGGGGCUCCUGGGGCCCCUGGGAGGACUGCAGUGUGUCAUGUGGGGGAGGGGAGCAGCUCCGCUCCCGGAGGUGCGCCCGGCCCCCCUGCCCUGGGCCUUCCCGCCAGAGCCGAACCUGCCGCACCCAGGUCUGCAGAGAGGCCGGCUGCCCGGCUGGACGUCUGUACCGAGAAUGCCGGCCCGGCGAAGGGUGUCCCUUCUCCUGCGCCCACGUCACUCGCCAGAUGGGCUGCUUCUCCACUGGCUGCGAAGAAGGCUGCCACUGCCCCGAGGGCACCUUCCAGCAUCGCCUGUCCUGUGUCCAGGAGUGCCCCUGCGUGAUGACCGCCUUGCUGCUGCAGGAGCUGGGGGCUGCCGACAUGGACCCGGGGGCUCGCCCACCCAUUUGGGGAGAGGGCGGUCAGCCCCUUGGGCCUGGAGAUGAGCUGGGCUCAGGCCAGACCCUCCAUACGGGCUGCAGCAACUGCUCCUGCGUGCAUGGGAAGCUGUCUUGCUCCGUGGGCGACUGCUCCAAGGCCACUGAUGGCUUCAGUCCCUGGGGGCCAUGGGGCCCGUGCUCCCGCUCCUGCGGUGGGCUGGGCACCCGCACCCGCAGCCGCCAGUGUGUGCCGGCCUCGCUCGCCCCGGGCAGCCAGGGCUGCCGAGGGCCCCGCCAGGAGCUCAAGUACUGCCCCAGCCCAGCCUGCCCAGGAGCUGAAGAGUCCACCCCGGAGCCAGUGACAAGCCUUCCAGGCGGCUGGGGCCCGUGGUCUCCGUGGUCCCCCUGCUCUCGCACCUGCACAGACCCUGCUUACCCUGCUUGGCGUGGCCGCACUCGCCUCUGCCUGGCAAACUGCACAGCGGGGGACACGUCACAGGAGCGCCCUUGCAACCUGCCCGCCUGCACAGAGCUGCCCCUGUGCCCCGGCCCUGGCUGCGUGGCCGGGAACUGUUCCUGGACCGCCUGGGCCCCGUGGGAACCUUGCUCCCGAAGCUGUGGGGCAGGCCAGCAGCGCCGUCUGCGGGCGUACCGCCCCCCGGGGCCCGGCGGGCACUGGUGCCCUGACAUCCUCACUGCAUACCAGGAGCUCCGCUUCUGCAGCCUGUGGGCUUGCCCAGUGCCUGGAGGCUGGUCACGCUGGAGCCCCUGGUCCUGGUGUGACCGGAGCUGUGGGGGGGGCCGGGCCCUGAGGAGCCGCAGCUGCUCCAGCCCCCCGCCCAAGAACGGGGGUGCCCCCUGUGUGGGGGAGAGGCACCACGUGCGGCUCUGCAAUCCCGGGCCCUGUGAGCAGGGCUGCCCACCAGGCAUGCAGAUGAACAGCUGUGCCAACCGCUGCCCCCGCCGCUGCUCAGACCUCCAGGAGGGGGUCGUGUGUCAGGACGGCCAGGCCUGCCAGCCGGGCUGCCGCUGCUCUGACGGCUUUCUGGAGCAGGACGGAGGCUGUGUGCCCAUCGGGCACUGCGAGUGCACGGAUGCCCAGGGCCAUGGCUGGGCACCAGGGAGCCAGCACCGGGAGGCCUGCAGCACCUGCACCUGCCGGGCCGGGCGGCUCUCCUGCAUGGCUCAGCCCUGCCCGCCACCUGCCUACUGCGCCUGGAGCCGCUGGUCAACCUGGAGCCCCUGCAGCCGCUCGUGUGGGUCCGGAGGGCAGCAGAGUCGCUUCCGGUCCUCCACGUCUGGCUCGUGGGCUCCAGAGUGCCGGGAGGAGCAGUCCCAGAGCCAGCCCUGCCCUCAGCCCCCAUGCCCACCCCUGUGCCUGCACGGUGCCCGCCUCCACACCUUGGGGGACAGCUGGCUGCAGGGCGAGUGCCAGCAGUGCUCCUGCACCCCGGAGGGCAUCAUAUGCGAAGACAUCGAGUGUGCAGUACCUGGGGCUUGGACGCUGUGGUCCCCCUGGUCCGAAUGCCCCGUCUCCUGUGGAGGUGGAAACCAGGUUCGCACCCGGGUCUGCAUGGCCUCAGCCUCUCACCGCAGUGGGGCCCCCUGUCUGGGCCCUGGCACCCAGACCCAGCGCUGUGGAUGGCAGCCUUGUCUGGGGCGGCUGGACGCCUGCUCCUGGGGUCCCUGGGGGCCCUGUUCCCGCAGCUGCGGCCCUGGCCUGGCCUCCCGCUCUGGGUCCUGCCCCUGCCCACUGGCCAGAGCCGACCCCACCUGCAAUGGCACCUUCCUGCACCAGGACACCCGGGCCUGCUACCCAGGGCCCUGCCUGGAGGAAUGCGUCUGGAGCAGCUGGAGCAGCUGGACGCGGUGCUCCUGUCGGGUGCUGGUCCAGCAGCGCUACCGGCACCAGGGAGCGGCGCCUGGAGGGGCGGGGGCGGGCCCCCCCUGCACACGACUGGAUGGCCACUUCCGGCCUUGCCCCGUCGGCAACUGCUCUGAGGACAGCUGCACGCCUCCCUUUGAGUUCCGGGCCUGCGGCUCCCCCUGUGCUGGGCUCUGUGCCACCCACCUGAGCCGCCGGCUCUGCCAGGACCUGCCGCCCUGCCAGCCUGGCUGCUACUGCCCCGAGGGGCUGCUGGAGCAGGCUGGGGGCUGCAUUCCCCCGGAACAGUGUAACUGCCUGCACAUCACAGAAGGCGGGGCCGAGGUGACUCUCACUCCUGGGGACCGUCUGCAGCUGGGCUGCAAAGAGUGCGAAUGCCGGCGCGGGGAGCUGCAGUGCACCGGCCAGGGCUGUCAAGGUCUUCUUCCUCUGAGCGGGUGGUCCGAGUGGUCCCCCUGUGGGCCCUGCCUGCCCCCUGGUGUGCUGGCCCCCGCCUCCAGGACUGCCCUAGAGGACCGCCCAUCUCAGCACCCAACUGGCCUCUCCCCGACCUUGGCCCCCUUGCUGGCUUCGGAGCAGCACCGCCAUCGCCUCUGUUUGGACCCGGAGACGGGGAGGCCGUGGGCUGGGGACCCAGACCUGUGCACUGCACCCCUCAGCCAGCAACGCCUCUGCCCGGACCCUAGGGCCUGCCAGGACUUAUGCCAGUGGGGCCCUUGGGGGCCCUGGAGCCCCUGCCAGGUGUCCUGCAGUGGGGGUUUCCGGCUACGCUGGAGGGAGGCAGGGGGGCCCCCUGGAGGAGGCUGCAGGGGGCCGUGGGCUCAGACUGAGAGCUGCAACGUGGGGCCCUGCCCAGGGGAGAGCUGCGAAGCCCAGGACACCGUGCCCACCCCUGACUGUGCCAACCAGUGCCCUAGAAGCUGUGUGGACCUCUGGGACCGCGUGCAGUGUCUGCAGGGACCCUGCCGCCCAGGCUGCCGCUGCCCCCCUGGCCGACUGGUGCAGGAUGGGCGCUGCGUGCCCAUCUCCUCCUGCCGCUGUGGCCUCCCCAGCCCCAAUGCCUCAUGGGUUGUGGCCCCAGCAGAGGUGGUACAGCUGGACUGCAAAAACUGUACCUGUACCAACGGAUCCCUGGUGUGCCCACACCAUGAGUGCCCAGUCCUUGGGCCUUGGUCCGCCUGGAGCAGCUGCUCCGCUCCCUGCGGUGGGGGCUUCAGGGAGCGACAUCGGAGCUGUGAGGAGGGUCCUGUGGGGGUGCCAUGCCAGGCCCAGGACACAGAGCAGCAGGAAUGUAACCCCCAGCCCUGCCCUGAGUGCCCGCCUGGCCAGGUGCUCCGUGCCUGUGCCACUUCGUGCCCACGCCUCUGCUCGCAUCUGCAGCCUGAUGCCCUCUGUGCGCAGGAGCCCUGCCGGCCUGGCUGUGGCUGCCCCGAGGGGCAGCUGCUGCACAAUGGCACGUGUGUGCCCCCUGUGGCGUGCCCCUGCACCCAGAUCUCUCUGCCCUGGGGCCUGACCUUGACCCUUGAAGAGCAGGCCCGGGAGCUGCCCCCAGGAACUGAGCUCAUCAGGAACUGCACGCGCUGUAUCUGCCAAGAUGGAGCGUUCAGCUGCUCCGCCGCUGACUGUCGUGAGUGCCCCUCCGGGGAAGUGUGGCAGCAGGUGGCCCUGGGGCCCUGCGAGCGGACGUGCCGGGAUCUCAAUGCCACGGACACCCAGGGAAGCUGCCGUGCGGGGCAGGCCCCGGGCUGUGUGUGCCAGCAUGGACACUUCCGUAGCCAGGCGGGCCCCUGCGUGCCUGCAGACCACUGCGAGUGCUGGCACCAGGGGCGUCCCCACCCGCCUGGAUCCGAAUGGCAGGAGGCCUGUGAGAGCUGCCGCUGCCUCCAUGGGCGGAGUGUCUGCACCGAGCGCUGCCCACUCUUCACCUGUGCCCAGGGCGAGGUGAGCGUGAAGGAGCCGGGGAGCUGCUGUCCCACUUGCCGCCAAGAGACUCCGGAGGAGCAGGCAGCCUCCUGCCGGCAUCUCACGGAGCUGCGCAACCUCACCAAGGGCGCCUGCUCCUUGGACCAGGUGGAAGUGAGCUACUGCAGUGGGCACUGCCCUUCCAGCAUCAACGUCAUGCCUGAGGAGCCUUACUUGCAGAGCCAGUGCGACUGCUGCAGCUACAGCCUGGACCCCGACAGCCCCGUGCGGGUCCUACACCUGCGCUGUCCCGACGGCCACGCGGAGCCCGUGGUGCUGCCCGCCAUCCGCAGCUGCCAGUGCAGCGCCUGCCAAGGAGGUGAUUUCUCAAAGCACUGACAGCUCCGCUGGAUGAGGAUGCCCAUCCUCCCUGGUUCGAUCAUGAGGCUCAGAGGCACCGACCUCCCCCUCCCAUGCCCACCCGUCCACUCCAUGCCCUGAUACCAGCCCAUCCCAAAUAAAGUGACAUCAGCAGCAA